AUGGGCGAGUCGGUGGAAAGAGGAUUGGAUAUCAGGGAUGUCCAUAAGUUGUGGGAUGCAUCCGAAGAGAUUCGCAUGCGCAUCCGCUCGGGAUACGGUGCUAUUCACGAGAAGUCUGCCUUGAGUCUCGACAAUCACAAUGCUACUUUGAAUGCUUCUUUACUUCGUCCUCUUCUUCUUGCUAUGGCAGGGGAUGCGACCCGGAAACUACCAAGUGUUCCGGAUCUUCGUUCGGAGCUUGCUGCUCUCUUUGAGUCGAGCAAGCGCACAGGGCCGGAAGUGGCCAAGUUCGUUGGCACGGAACCCACUCACAUUAGGUACGGAUGUUCCAGCUUCGAAUACCCCGACAUCAGGUGCCUCGACACCUAUGACUACCCCAGCCCGGAGGGCAACCGAUCUUCGUGCUCCAGCCAAAGAGGUGUGGACGGACACGCCACGUGGGCCGAUCUUUGUCUGCAUCCGAUCGUGCUGCAAUGCUUGCUCGAGUUGCUCUUCUUCGACAGAAACUCGAUGAAGAGCAGUGCGGAGGAGAUGGAGCCGAAUGAUGUGGAGAAGGUCGAGGCCGAUGAUGGUGUGCCGGACGAGACGCCGGAGCCGGAGAAGCGGCCAAAGGAGGAUGCAGUCGAUGGUGGCUCGCCAGCGCCAAAGGCAAAAGCAAAGGCGAAAGGCAAAGCCAACGCCAGGGCUUCGCAGAUGCAGUCAGCUUCGGAGCUGAGCAGCAUCACGCUGCCGGAGGCCCUUUGGUACUUUGAGGUGUCGACGGCAGAUGAGCUCCUCGAGAAGAUGGUGGCCUAUGCCCGGCUGUUCCCCAGCCUUCCGGUUUGCCAGUCUACGAAGUGUAAGCUGCAGGCGGACCUCUUGGACACGGAGCAUUGCCAGUUGACUGUGUAUUGGACCAGGGCCACAGUGGGAGUUCUCUUGAAGAACGCGAAAAGGGAAAUCGCGAACUUCUCGCCAUCGUCGGCCUACAAGGACGUGCCUUGGUCCAUGAAGCAGGCUUUGGCCCUCAAGACCGGUGAGAUCUUGGCAGUCUACGUGGACUUCCUCAUCAAAGAUGAGUAUAUCACAGCAGAUGAUGUGACAGAGAGCGCCGAGGUUUCGAUGAUGUCGCACUUUCUGAAAGAGCAGAUGCAGUCUGCUUUGGACUUCAUCCUCACGGUCCUCUUGACUAUUUGGAGUGUCGAUUCCACUACCUUGACCCAGGACUACGAGUUCUUGGAGUUCUUCGCUGGUUGUGGGACAAUGUAUCGGAUGAUGAGUGCUUUGGGUAGAUACAAGUCUGCACGCUUCGAUAUUAAGGAUGCUUCUUCUCGGGGACAGAAGUCUAAUUUCAUGGAUCUGAACUCCAGCAGUGGAUUCGCGAAGUAUCCAGCCGCCUUCUGUGCCGAGCUCGUGAGGAUCAGCCAGGAUCUGAAGGCCCACCGCAAAGGAUGUCCUCAAGAGCCGGAGAAUAUUCCGUCGGGCCCGGAACAGCUCUCUGUUCUGAUGACAGGUGAGGAUGACAAUUUUCAGUUUGCAGAUCUUCCGGAUGUGUACAGGUACUUGAGGGGAGGGCGGAAGCUCAGGCUGCCAGAGAUGUGGCGGGCCGUCAUACCAGCAAGCCUUUAG